CUCCAACAAGAAAUAUUAAUGGCAAAUCUAGAGGGAGGAGGAAUCAACAACUUAGAUGAUGAAGAGAAAUUGUUGAAUGAACCUAGUGGCAUCCACCACCACCACCAUCAACAAAUAAUUUCUUUACGUAACGUUGUGAAGGUUUUUCUCUUGUUUAUCGGAAUUACCCUUUCAUCUCUCCUUCUUUAUCGCUCUUCUAAUAAUAACCCUCUCCAAUUCUUUCCUGAUCACUCAUAUAAACAUGCUCCUUCAUUUGCUUCUGACUCGAACUAUGUAAACACAAAUGGCUCGGCAGCUGGAAAUUUGCUUCAUGGCAAUAAUAGUAGGACUGCAAAUGUUUCAAAAGAUAAGAAGCAAAAAAGCAAGUUAGAGGAAGUGUUGGAAAAAGCAGCAAUGGGAGACAAAACAGUGAUAAUAACAACAUUAAAUGCAGCAUGGACAGAACCAAACUCAAUCUUUGAUGUUUUUUUGAAAAGUUUUAGAGUUGGGAACCAAACAACAUCACUAUUGAAACAUGUUUUAGUUGCAUGUUUGGACCAAACAGCAUAUUCAAGAUGUUUGGAGAAAAAACAAGUUCAUUGCUAUGCACUCACUACAAAAGAUGUUGAUUUCUCUGGUGAAGCACAUUUUAUGAGUGAUGAUUAUUUGAAGAUGAUGUGGAGAAGGAUUGAUUUUCUAAGAAAUGUUCUUGAGAUGGGAUAUAACUUCAUUUUCACAGAUGCUGAUAUAUUAUGGUUUCGACAACCAUUUGCACAUUUUUACCCGGACGCCGAUUUCCAAAUUGCUUGUGAUCAUUACUGGUUUGACUCAACAAACUUGGACAAUUCACCAAAUGGAGGUUUCAAUUAUGUCAAAUCAAAUGAACGUACCAUUCAAUUUUACAAAUUUUGGUACAAAGCAAGAGAGGCUUAUCCAGGAAAACAUGAUCAAGAUGUGCUCAACAUGAUCAAAUACAACCCAUUCAUCAAAGAUAUUGGAUUGAAAAUUAGGUUCUUGGAUACAGCUUUUUUUGGAGGAUUUUGUGAGCCAAGCAAAGAUCUUAAUCUUGUUUGCACAAUGCAUGCAAAUUGUUGUGUUGGAAUUGGUAAUAAAAUGCAUGACUUAACUAUGGCACUUGAUGAUUGGGAAAAGUAUAUGGCUUUGAAUGGUGAUGAAAAGAUGUUAAGGCCACAAACUUGGACUGUACCAAGAAUAUGUGGUUAAAUAUAAUUCAGUACUUAAAAAUA